AUGGGUAAACUCACAGGUCAAGAUGUUGCUCAACACAACAACAAAAACUCGUGCUGGGUUAUUGUGCAUGGAAAAGCAUAUGAUGUCACCGAAUUCUUGCCGGAACACCCCGGCGGUCAAAAAAUAAUCCUCAAAUAUGCCGGCAAAGACGCAACCGAAGAAUUCGAGCCUAUUCACCCGCCAGACACUCUUGACAAGUACCUCGAUGCAUCCAAGCAUUUGGGCGAGGUCGACAUGUCCACAGUGGAACAUGAUGAGAAAGUGAAGGAUCCGUUGGAGAUUGAGCGGGAAGAGCGUAUCAAGCGCAUGCCGGCACUUGCUCAAUGCUAUAACCUGUUGGAUUUUGAAUCUGUUGCGAGAGAGGUUAUGAAGAAUACUGCUUGGGCUUAUUAUUCGAGUGGUGCUGAUGAUGAGAUUACAAUGCGAGAAAACCAUACCGCAUUCCACAAAGUCUGGUUCCGGCCACGCAUCCUCGUCGACGUCGAGAAAGUCGAUUUCUCAACCACAAUGCUCGGAUCAAAGACCUCCGUCCCCUUUUACAUCACCGCCACCGCUCUCGGCAAACUCGGUCAUCCAGAAGGCGAGGUUGUCCUUACCAAAGCCGCGCACAACCACGAAGUCAUCCAGAUGAUCCCGACUUUGGCAUCAUGCUCCUUUGACGAAAUAGUCGAUGCACGCAAAGGCGAACAAGUACAAUGGUUACAGUUGUAUGUCAAUAAGGAUAGAGCAAUCACAAAGAGGAUUGUCCAACAUGCCGAGAAACGGGGCUGCAAAGCUCUCUUCAUUACAGUUGACGCACCGCAAUUGGGCCGAAGAGAGAAAGAUAUGCGUGUGAAAUUUUCCGAUACCGGGUCGAAUGUACAAGCUUCCGGUGGUGAUAGCAUCGACCGAUCACAGGGUGCGGCACGUGCAAUUUCCUCCUUCAUUGACCCCAGUCUGUCGUGGAAGGAUAUCCCCUGGUUCUUAUCUAUCACCAAGAUGCCUAUUAUCCUCAAAGGUGUUCAGUGCGUGGAAGACGUUCUGCGUGCCGUCGAGGCCGGUGUUCAGGGUGUCGUCCUCUCGAACCACGGCGGUCGACAACUCGACUUCGCUCGCUCCGGAAUCGAGAUCCUCGCCGAAGUCAUGCCCGUCCUACGCGAACGCGGAUGGGAAAACAAAAUCGAAAUCUUUAUUGACGGCGGCAUCCGUCGCGGAACAGAUAUCAUCAAAGCUCUCUGCUUGGGAGCAAAAGGCGUUGGUAUCGGUCGUCCAUUUUUGUAUGCUAUGUCCGCUUAUGGACAAGAAGGUGUUGAACGAGCAUUCCAACUACUCAAGGAUGAAUUGGAGAUGAAUAUGAGAUUAAUUGGAGCGGCCACAAUUGACGAUUUGAAACCCAGUAUGGUGGAUACGCGCGGGUUGGUGGGUGGUCAUUAUUCUGCGCCGUCGGAUACGUUGGGAUUGAAUGUUUAUGAUCCAUUGGUGUCGCCGAGGUUUGCUGAAAAGUCGAAGCUAUAGUUUCAGUCUUAUACCCGGUUCCAGGAUAUGUUCAUAUAUUAGAUAUAUUACACUAUAUACGCUAGACGGGCAAUCUACAUAGUUACAGCUCCUCAACACACUUUUGAGUAGAUCAUAAGACAAAAACCUGCGGCUUAUUCCUCAAAAUCCCUGUAUCCUUAUACAUCAUAGCCGCAUUCACCAUCCACCCGGCCCCACGAUUAACCUGUCCACCCCAAACCCUCGACCAAAUAAUCCCUGUAACCCCAUAAAACAAAACUUUGAAUGCAUCAAUCCAAUUCCGC